CAGGGGAGGAGCUGGACAUGGUUUGCGCGGAGGCUGGGGUCUCGGGCUUGCCUGGGGGAGGAGGGGAGCGGUCCCCAGCGGCCGCGCAUUCCGGAGCCACCAGAGCGCGGCGCGCAGGGUGCUGAGCCACGCGUCCCAGACGCUCCUGCGCACUCCCGGGGCUCGGAGCAGCUGGGGCACGUUCCGGGCGCUGGCUGGGCUCAGAUUCCAGGGCUGGGGGUCGUUUCCGGCUGCCGGAUCCUGGGCGAUCCUGGGGACUUGGAGAAGUUCCGACUUGCCCUUGCGCCGGGAACUUUCUCUCGACCCGCUGGGGGACCGCAGGGUUUCAAAGAAGAACCGCGGACUCGGGAUUGAGUCAACAUGGAGGCCAUCAGCCACCCCUCUGUGGAAGUGGAGCUUCCCAAGCACAUCCUGGAUAUCUGGGUCAUUGUCCUUAUCAUCCUGGCCACCAUUGUCAUCAUGACCUCCUUGUUGCUGUGUCCAGCCACUGCAGUCAUCAUCUAUCGUAUACGGACUCAUCCAGUCCUCAAUGGGGCUGUCUGAGAACCUCUUGAGAGGACCAAGUGGGGGAUAAGGAUAUGAAUCCCUUCCCUCAAACUGACUGUUCUUAGAAAAACAAUAGGAAAGACUUUGGAGGUUGGACCUGUGUUUCACUUUUUAUUCUGUGGCUGGCCAACUGUGAAUUUUGUCAAGAUAACUGAGUUCCAGGUUCUUUAUUUUCAACUAGGGGUUCUGAUCCCUUUCCUUCCUACCUCAUGGGAUUGUGAGAAUCAAAUGACUUAGUGGAGGUGAAAGCUGUUUGUGAACAGUGAAGCCACCACAGAGAUGUGUAUGUGUUAUGCCAAGUGUUGAGAAGCUUUUUUUCUUUUUUUGCCCUACUGGGGCUUGAACUCGGGGCCUACACCUUGAGCCAUUCCACCAGCCCUUUUUCUGUGAUGGGUUUUUUGAGAUAGA